AUGACCCACCAAACUCAUGCAUAUCACAUAGUUAAUCCAAGUCCAUGACCAUUAACUGGAGCCUUUUCAGCCCUCCUUCUAACAUCAGGUCUAGUAAUAUGAUUUCACUAUAAUUCAAUUACACUAUUAACCCUUGGCCUACUCACCAAUAUCCUCACAAUAUAUCAAUGAUGACGAGACGUAAUUCGUGAAGGAACCUACCAAGGCCACCACACUCCUAUUGUACAAAAAGGACUACGAUAUGGUAUAAUUCUAUUCAUCGUCUCGGAAGUAUUUUUCUUUGCAGGAUUCUUCUGAGCGUUCUAUCAUUCUAGCCUCGUACCAACACAUGAUCUAGGAGGCUGCUGACCUCCAACAGGAAUUUCACCACUUAACCCUCUAGAAGUCCCACUACUUAAUACUUCAGUACUUCUAGCAUCAGGUGUUUCAAUUACAUGAGCUCAUCAUAGCCUUAUAGAAGGUAAACGAAACCACAUAAAUCAAGCCCUACUAAUUACCAUUAUACUAGGACUUUACUUCACCAUCCUCCAAGCUUCAGAAUACUUUGAAACAUCAUUCUCCAUUUCAGAUGGUAUCUAUGGUUCUACAUUCUUCAUGGCUACUGGAUUCCAUGGACUCCAUGUAAUUAUUGGAUCAACAUUCCUUAUUGUUUGCCUACUACGACAACUAAAAUUUCACUUCACAUCAAAACAUCACUUCGGAUUUGAAGCCGCAGCAUGAUACUGACAUUUUGUAGACGUAGUCUGACUUUUCCUAUACGUCUCCAUUUAUUGAUGAGGAUCUU